CGUCACUUAGUGCUGACGCUGCUCAUUGCCCGGAGUGGAUAGCGAGGACUCGACCACAUAAAUUUAGACAGAAAGUUAUUCAGUAUGAGUACUAUGUUCGCAGACACAAUACUUAUUGUUUUCAUAUCUGUUUGCACGGCACUGCUGGCCGAAGGUAUAACAUGGGUGUUAGUGUACCGGACAGAGAAGUACAAGAGGCUCAAGGCUGAAGUAGAAAAACAAAGCAAAAAGUUGGAGAAGAAGAAAGAGACGAUCACAGAAUCUGCUGGGCGUCAACAGAAGAAGAAGAUCGAAAGACAGGAGGAGAAACUCAAGAACAAUAACAGAGACCUAUCAAUGGUACGAAUGAAGUCCAUGUUCGCAAUUGGCUUCUGUUUUACAGCGUUAAUGGGCAUGUUUAAUUCUAUCUUUGAUGGACGAGUUGUAGCAAAGCUUCCGUUUGUCCCUUUGUCUUACAUCCAAGGUCUCUCUCACCGUAACCUUUUGGGCGAAGAUUACACUGACUGUUCCUUCAUCUUUCUUUACAUCUUGUGUACCAUGUCCAUUCGACAGAACAUCCAGAAAAUGCUGGGUCUGGCUCCAUCUCGUGCUGCCACCAAACAAGCUGGAGGAUUUUUGGGACCCCCACCACAAGCAGCCAAGUUCUCUUAAACUCUUGGGACAAUAAGCAUUCUCUCUUUUGUUGGCUGGAGGAAACCGCUCCCCCUCUGCUGCACAUUGUGCAACCAGCACUCCUAAAACAUGAGAGAACAGUAUUUAAAGGCAGUAGCUACCACUGCCUGUAGCAACCUCACCAUGUGUAAAUUCUGUAUGAUUAAGUUUGCUCAAGCUCAGAAUAAUCAUCUUUAAAGAAUAGUUCAACCUUGACAAAUCAGUGGCAAAUCAGCAGUAUCAAAUCCAUUAUUUAUUGAUUUGUAUUUUUUUUCCCCCCUCCUUUACAUUCAGUUUGAAUAUGGAAUUGCCUGGCAUAGAUUAUUUAGUUACUGCCUACCCUUGCAAGCUGGAAUUCUGCGAAGUAUGCAUACACAGCUGUGCUGAUAGCCAGUCAGAAUGCAAGUGACAAAAUUGUGAUGGUUGAGGCCAGCUGUGUGUGCAAAAGAUAUCAGACACUCAGUUUCUGGGUGGGCAGGGCAUCUGAGGUUGUCCUCCUUGUAGUAAAUUGUAAAUUUGUUUGUUGGUAUUUAUUUCAGGAAACAUGUCUUUGGAACGUGUUAAAUGAAACAUUAUGCUGUAAAGAAGUAAUUCCAAUUGAGAAAUGGUAGUUCUUUUCAAAAUAAAAGGAAAAGUUCUUUCUGAUCAAUCAAUCACACAUUUACACUGUUUAAAACUGCAUGCAAAGCAGGGAGGAAGUGGUGUUCACUGGGUUAACAGAAGUGGGUUAAUUAAUCAAAAGUUGAACUAUUCUUGUAAAAGAUGCAUAGUGUCCUUAUUUUAAUUUUAGUGCAUAAUUGUAAUCAUCUGUAUUUUUAUGGGUCAUCCUACUGUGGUACAUAACGCAGAUUUAGAUUUUGGUGAUCAUGAACAGAUAAUGCAAAAUACUAACAGGUGCUUUUAGUGUCACCAACCUUUUCUAUUGUCAGAACCUUAAAUUGAAGAAUAAUAUAAUUUUUAUUUAGGACUUUUUUUACAGUUAAUUUUAUUUAUUGUGAGACAAUAGAAUAAAAGACAUUAAAUUGUGUUCAUUUUAAGUGUGAUUCUCCCUUGUGCACUGAAUUAUAUUUAAUGCCGUUAAUAAUUAAAUUGUGUAUCUGA